AUGAUGACUAGUGACUCUAUGGUGAACAUCAUCCCCGAAGUGGGGACAAUUUCCACACCUCCGGAUGAUGAACCAGUCCGUAGGAAGCCCCCAAUAAUUGAAGCAAUUCUCAAUGAACUUGGAUUUGGCUGGUUCCAGGUCCGAAUGAUUUUCAUUCUCGGUGUGGCUCAUUCUACAGACACGAUGGAGACAAUAAUCCAGGCUAUCUUGGGCCCUAGUCUCCGUUGUGAUUGGUUUCUAUCAGCUGAUUAUAUCGCUCUCCUUAAUAGUCUCGUCUUUCUCGGAAGUUGUAUUGGAGCAAUACCGCUUGGAUAUGCAGCGGAUGUCUUUGGAAGACGUUCUAUUUGCCUUCUUUCCAUCCUAGUCUUGAUGUAUCUCUCCUGGCUAUGUACCAUCACUCCGACAUUCGCCUGGAUAGCUUCUCUCCGAUUUGUAUCUGGUCUCUUCAUCGGUGGAGUAUUAACAGCAGGAAGUUCUCUCCUCUCUGAAAUAAUGCCAUCAAAAUUUCAAGCGGCCGGUCAAUUAAUAACCAACAACUUUGAGGCCCUUAUAGGUGUCCUGACAGCAGCAAUUGGUCUCGGGUGCUUAGAAGGUGGAUUAAACUGGAGAUUUUUUGUGUUCUUCACGACAGCUCCACUAGCACUCUGCGCUAUAUUUCUAGUCUUUUUUACCUUGGAAUCUCCAGUUUUUCUCUACUGCAAGAAACAGAAUGAGGAAGCUGCAAAAGUGUUGGACAAAGUAGCUCUUAUUAAUAAAAGAAUUCCUAAAUCUGCUAUCGGGGAUGUUUCAUUUCUUGGCAGAAUUCGAGAAGCGGAUGAGAUUGAGGACUUCCGAAUUUCAAAAGUCGGAGCGAAGGAAGUAUAUGCUCUGCUAAUUCGACGAAAACCUUGGCUUCUACCUCUUCUCCUCAUAUUGAAUUUCUUUUGGGGCUUCAUUCUUUAUGGAGGCACCACGAUUCUACCAGUGGAAUUAGCUGCCGGACCUAGAACUUGCCUUCAGGUGGGCUAUUAUGGGCUUUAUAAAAUUAUAGAAAAUGAGAAAAUGUGA